GUGGUUCUUUAAGGGCGUGAGCAGGAAAGAUGCUGAGAGGCAGCUGCUGGCCCCUGGGAACCGAAUGGGAUCCUUCAUGAUCCGAGACAGUGAGACCACACAGGGCAGCUACUCGCUGUCAGUCAGGGACCAUGACCAGAGCGGUGACACAGUGAAACAUUAUAAGAUCCGUACGUUGGACAACGGAGGGUUCUACAUCUCACCCCGCAACACCUUCAGCACCCUGCAGGAGCUGGUCAGCCAUUACAAGAAGCAGGGAGAUGGCCUGUGCCAAACGUUGACCAGUCCGUGCCUGAGCCCCAAACCCGAGAAACCUUGGGAGAAGGACGCGUGGGAAAUCCCAAGAUCAUCACUCAAACUGGAGAAGAGGCUCGGUGCUGGACAAUUCGGAGAAGUCUGGAUGGCCACAUACAAUAAACACACAAAAGUAGCAGUGAAGACCAUGAAGCCCGGCAGCAUGUCGGUUGAAGCCUUCAUGGCGGAGGCCAACCUGAUGAAGACUCUGCAGCACGACAAACUGGUCCGACUCAAUGCUGUGGUCACCAAGGAGGAGCCCAUCUACAUCAUCACUGAGUACAUGGAGAAAG